AUGCGUGUUAAGGGAACAUUUCUCAAUCAGGCUAUUUUGCCAUACGGAUUACUCUGGACGAGACAUGACUUUUUCACGGAGCCAUCUGCAACACAUCUUUAUCUGUGUUACCAGUCCACUGUGACUGACGUGUGUGAUAAUGAGAGAAUUUUCCAAGCAUACCACUACUGCUCUUAUGCAUCGCACUACGGAUUGGAUGCUGAGUCAUGCAAUCUGCAAUGUAGGAAGUUGUCCUACGAUUGUUCAGCUUUGAUAGACACCGUUAUUUGCAUGUGUGGUAAUAUUCCAACGGAUAUGGUAGGAAACUCAUACACUUGUCCCAUAUCCCCGAUUGAAAUUCGGUGUAGACCUGGAAAGGGAGUCACUGCUGUGAUUGACGCAACUCUGGGGACUUUGAUCCCAACUUUGGUAGGUGGUGCACAACGAAUAAACUUGGGAUAUCAAGUGGUGCCCACCGAAGUGACAAAUCGCCUAAAUGACAUGACUCUAACCAUGAAAAUACUACCAGAAUCUCUAUUGGAAACUCUUGGAAAACCUCCCCCAUCUGAAAUCAAUUUCAUCUCGUCCGUUCCACAGUCACGAGAUAUCCAAUUCAGUCUCAAUUAUGAAAAUACUAAGGUUGCUAUGACUUCCUACAAAGUGGAAUUCAAUAGAACAAUCUCAAUUGAGAGAUUGAGUUUCACCUGUCCAGAAAAUGUUCGGAAGAAUGAAUACUUCAAUUGUCACCUCAUUGCUGAAAGUGUUGGUGGAUUUGACGGAAAGGUGAGGUGGGGAAAUCAACAGAGCCUAGACUUCCAUUUUCCAAGUAAGUUAGUAGAGUGA